UCUCUCUCUCUCUCUCUCUCUCUCUCUCUCUCUCUCUCUCUCUCUCUCUCUCUCUCUCUCUCUGUUUUCUUUUUUCUUUUACCCUUCUUACCCUCCUAGUUUCUCGAUUCCCCUCCACCUCCCACUGUAGACAGAUGUGGACGGCAGAGGCAGGAGUUUGCAGAGAGGACGGAAGCUCUUUACCAGCAGAACAGUAUUUAUAAGGAGGAGAAAAGGCCCAGAGAGCAACGAAUGGACGUUUGAGCAAUGGAGUCUUGGACAGUAGAACACAGCCCUGAAGAUAUUCCAGGGAGGAAGAAGUCUAAGCUGAAGAUUCUGAAAUCUCGACUGUUCAAGAGAUCCAGAAAGGAAGAUGAAGGCCGCGCCAAACUCAGCCAGUCUACCAGUGACAUCACAGCUGGGAAGGGAAUUGAUUCAGAGGAAGAUGUAGCGUGCUCCGAGAUAAUGCUUGCGUCAAGAGCAUUGUCCCAUGAAAGCAUCUUUGUGGCAGACGAGGUCCUGGCCGAACCAGAACCCUCCAGGGUGCUGUCCCAGGAGAAUGUCCACACCAAGAUCAAAGCUCUUCAGAUGAAGCUUCAGCAGCAGAAGUUGCACUUGGGGCCCCCCUCCAGUGGUCUGUCGCUAAAACGUCCGGACCACCUGGCCAGGGCUUGUGCUAGUGAAUCUGCGUCACAGGAAGCUCUCAAUAAGGAAAUAUUGCAGCCUUCCGCACAACCUCUGUCUCCUGCCCACAAUAAGUCACCUACCAGAUUUGUGGCUCCCAUGGCAUCUCCUUCUGCACCUACUGCUGUUCUGCUGACCUCACCCACUACUGCUGCUGACCUUCCUUCAGACUUCAGCAGCCCUGCCAAGGUCGCUUCCUCUCUGGAUACUUCUGCUGCACGCCACCGCAUGUCCGUCAAGCCAAGGAACCAGAGGGCCAGCACUAAACGACAGAGAGUGAGUGUUUUCUUCUUUUGGCUCACACAAGGGAAGUUAAGGAUGACUAUUGAGACACAACUGAUAUGCUUUUUAUUUGCAUUUCUUCCUUUUUUCCCCCAUCUUUUAUUCUUUAGACAUAUGUCAGUCCUCUUUCAAACCUGA